AUGAAUACAGACGACGUACAAAAAAUAAUACCUAAAACUGAACCAUGUGGUUCUUUUCUUUGUCCCAGCGAUGGUAUUUGCAAGAAUGUAGAUAUAUCAACUACCGUUUUAAACUCCUGUCAUUACUACGAUUUGGCUAUGUCUGCUUCAAACGUUCUACUGAGCAUUGGAAACAAUAUAGAUUUUGUCGAUAUAUUGCUAGCACCGGUCACCAAACAAGAAUACUGGUCCAAGUGUUUUGAGAGAAGACACGUAUGGAAUCAGAUUCGUCCAUCUUGGUAUGAAGCCAUUCUAAACCUCAUAUCUCCAUUACUACCCACAAUCAGCUACAUUGUUAUAAAUGCUGUUAAAACUGGGGCCAGCAUGUAUCAAGCUAUGUCUAUUAUAUUAGCUUCCUUCAGUCAGUUUUUGGAGUGCACAAAUCCUGCUCUGACAAAAAUCGCCUUUUAA